GACAUUAAUUUUGUUCCAGAUGACCCGAAUUUUAAUACUAAUAACAAUUUAUUGUUAUUUGAACGUACACAUACAAGCCAGGUGCUUUAAUAAUUGUAACAGCCCUUGUAAAUCUUGUUCAAGGUGCGAAGACAAUUGUUGUGACUGUCAGGAAGAACCAGUUAGUGUGGUUCAAAGUGAACCUGUAGUUGUGGAAAAUAGCAAGAGUGCUAACUUGGAUUUUAAUGCUAAUUUAACCAUAACUAAUACUAUAAACAAUGAGAACAUUAUCCACAAUCCUGUCAGUGUUAAUACGUCGUUAAUUAACAAUAUUCAAAUAAUUCCAGUACAUAGAAACAGCAGUUCUGUUACUCCUUAUUAUCCCAUACCUUAUACGUAUCCAGUUCAUGUUCCAGAGCAACAGCCUUACCCACAAAUUCCAAUAGUUUAUGCACCACCUCCACCACCACCACCACCACCAGUACAACCACCACCAUGUCAAACUGGAGGUUGUGGGGUUCAAACUGGCUGCCAAUUUCGAGGUUGUGGUGCCCAACCAAUUUGCCAGUCGGGAGGAUGUAACGCAUGGUAUAAUCUUUUCUCGGGACAAUACGUUGGAUAGUUUGGCAAUGUUUUAUGUAAAGACGAAUAUGAAUAGUAAAAUUUUAUGAAACCGUAACGAGUUUUGUUGGAUUUCCUCUAGAGAUGUUGAUUUACAGUUACAUUUAAUAAUAUAUGCUAAAUAUUUAUUGGGUAUAAUUUAUCUUAUUAAAUUGUAACUAUUUGAAUUUUUAUUGACAAAAUAUCAUUUUCAA